UGUCAUGCCAACCCUUUGUUUCGCCAUUAAAGGAACCUUCCAAAUCAUCAUCUUCCAGCUUAACCUGGUUGGCCCUACUCUUUGUUUUUAUCAACAAAUAAACAACAUUAAAGAGUGUUUUUAAACAGAAAUAGAAAUCAAAACACCCUGAAUUUGCAAUAUAUACCUCCUUGCUUUACAGCUUCCAUUUCGGAUCCAUUCCUUGGUUUCACUUUUAAAAACCAUUGCCUGGCCGCCUCAGCUUCACCGUUGCUGCCGGCGGCCAGCAUGUGGCAAUAGUAAUAAUAAAAGAAAAGCUUCAGUUUUGUGUUGCAUUAGGAACAACAAACAAGAAGCUUGUUCAAAAACUUUCACAUAUAUAUAAAAUUGUAGGGUGAAGAUGGGGAAGGAGGAGGAUGAAGAGGGAAUGAAAACGGCGAUAACAUCACCAUUAUCAUCAUCGCCGUCAUUAUGCGAGUCGGAAACGGAAGAGUUACAACGAAUGCCGUUGGUGCCACCGCCAUUGAUGAAGAACAAAAUGUAUUUGUCAAAGCAGUUGUCGAUGUCCGAGACGUCUCGAGACAUUGCAUGGGAAAGAAGGCGACGGCAAAUCCUUCGUCAGCAAAGAGGGAAAAACGGGUUGACUGACGAAGAUUUAUAUGAACUCAAAGGUUGCAUCGAGCUUGGGUUUGGGUUCAAUGAAGAAGAAGGUCAAAAACUAUGCAAUACAUUGCCUGCUUUAGACCUUUAUUUCGCUGUAAAUCGUCAACUUUCACCUAGUCCCGUUUCCACCCCUCAAAGCCGACGUUCUUCCUCCACAUCUUCACUCGGUGGCCGGUCAACUUCUUUUGACAGUCCUGUAAGUGAGCCAGCUGAUUGGAAAAUUUACAGCCCAGGAGAAAAUCCACAACAGGUGAAGGCAAAGCUAAGGCAUUGGGCACAAGCAGUAGCAUGUUCUUUAAUGCAAUCAUAUUGAUGACCUCUGGGUUUGGGUUGGCUUGUACAGAGGCAGAAAAAAAAAAUGUUAUAUAUUCAUAUAUAGAGAGAGGGUCAGAAAAGAAGAGUCAGUCAGUGGGAAAGAGAGAAAGAGACUGGCUUUUCAUUGUUUUUAGGGUUCUUUCUUUGAUUAAAUCAAUAAUAUAAACAAAAAUGAAUUUGCUAAAAAAUCAAAGAAAAUACUGCAGCAUUUCUGGUUUUUUUUUUUUUUAAAUGGAAAAGAAGGGGGCAGUCAUUAUGAUAUAUGAGAGAUUGAUAUAUAUACAAGGUUAAAGUUUGGUUAGAGAGGUUUUCAGCCAUGGAUUCUUCUAUUUGAUUUUUUUUAAAAGAAAGAAAAUGAUUUUGUGUCACUGAAUCUGAUGUAAAAUAAUUUCACUAUUUUUUCAUUGCCUGGAAAAAACAAAAAAAAAAAAAA